AUGUCUACUCAUUCAAUGCUUCCACGAAAGCUCUGGGAACACCCUGAUCCCGAAUCAACCCAGAUGGCAGCAUUUAAGAGAAGUCUCGAGAAAGACAAAGGUGUGGCCCUGCCAGACUAUCACUCGAUGUAUCAAUGGUCCAUUAAAAACCGUAUCGAAUUCUGGGAUUUCUGCUGGAAGUACUUCCCCAUCAUCCACGAGGGAACAUACGAUCGAGUUACGGAUGAAAGCGCUCGAAUCGACAGUAUUCCUGACUGGUUCCCUGGAGUCCGCCUCAAUUACGCCGAGAACCUGUUGUUUACUGUGGCUGCUCCUGGCGAAACACCGUCAACUGUGACGACAGUUGGGAAAGAAGAUAAUAAGAUCGCUGUGACCGAGGUCCGAGAGGGUGAUCAAGAGCCAAACGUGAAUUUGACCUGGCGAGAGCUACGUCAACGUACUGGCCGAUGGUCGCAAGCUAUGAAAGCGGCCGGUGUCCAGCGAGGGGAUCGAGUCGCAGUGGUUGCUAGUAACAGCAUUGAUACACUCACGGUGGUGCUAGCAACAGCUGCACUUGGGGCCAUAUUCUCGUCUGCAUCCACGGAUACCGGUGUCAAGGGUAUACUAGAUCGCAUCCGACAAAUCCAGCCUCGAUGGGUGUUCAUGGAUGAUUUUGCAGUAUACAACGGCAAAACUGUCGAUCUUCGCCCUAAGAUCGCACAAGUCGUCGAGGGUAUGGCUAUCAUUCCGGAAUUCCAGGGCGUCAUUUCUGUUCCCCGGUUCAGAGAUCGACCAGCGGACAUCUCACACAUUCCACGGACCCGUACUCUGGCAAACUUCCUUUCUGGAGCUUCAUCCGACGAGUUAGAAUUUGUUCGCGUUCGAUUCAGGGACCCGUUCCUGAUUGCUUUCUCGUCCGGUACUACUGGAGAGCCUAAAUGCAUUGUUCACUGUGUCGGAGGAGUGUUGAUGAACAGCAACAAAGAGGGUCGUCUUAACAGAAGUAUGAAUGCGGAUGCUAUUAUCCUACAAUAUACUACUACCGGAUGGAUCAUGUAUAACUCUUGUGUCUUGGCUCUCCUCUUUGGUGCGAGGCCCAUACUAUACGACGGAAGUCCAUUCCAGCCAGACCCGACAAUCUUGGUGAAGCUCCUUGAAAAACAUAAGGUCACACACUUUGGUACAUCCCCUCGCUGGAUGCACGAAAUGAGAAAGAACAAACUCAGCCCCCGAAAUAUUGCAGACCUUCAUAGAAUAAAGGGGGUCACUAGCACCGGCAUGGUCCUCUCUGAGUCACUCUUCGAGUGGUUCUACGACGAAGGGUUUGAACCUCACACUCUCCUUGCCAAUAUAUCAGGAGGAACAGAUUUGGCUUCAUGCUUGGGCUUGGAGAAUCCCAUCUCGCCACUAUAUGUGGGUGGAUGCCAAGGCCCAAGUCUAGGCAUGCCCAUCGCAGCCUAUGAGCAGAUUGACGAAGACACGAGCCAAGCAAAGGGUUCAGAAGCCGCACCAGGCGAACCGGGCGAAAUUGUUGUGACUGCUCCAUUCCCAAACAUGCCUGUCAAGUUCUGGAGCGAUGAAGGAGGCAAGAAGUACUUCAAUGCGUACUUUGCACGUUAUGACAAUGUCUGGACGCAGGGUGACUUCAUCGCAAUCAAUCCCAAUUCACGCCAAAUUCUUUUCCUAGGGCGAUCUGAUGGUGUCUUGAAUCCUUCUGGUGUUCGGUUUGGAUCUGCAGAGAUCUACAACGUUAUCGAAACCCAAUUCACCAAAGAGAUUGUUGAUUCGGUCUGUGUUGGACAACGUCGGCCCAAAGAUUCAGAUGAAUCAGUCAUCUUGUUCCUUCUCAUGCGACCAGGCUUCAAGGUUAAUCAGCAACUCAUAGUCCGAGUCAAAGAUGCCAUCCGCAAGUCUCUUAGUGCACGCCAUGUCCCCAAGUACAUCUUUGAAACCCCUGAUAUCCCGGUUACGGUAAACUUGAAAAGGGUCGAGCUUCCUGUGAAGCAGAUAGUGUCUGGUAAGAAGAUCAAACCGUCUGGUACCCUUCUUAACCCGGAAAGCCUUGACUUUUAUUAUCAAUUUGCGGAGGUGGAAAAGGUUGUCAUUCCCCAGGCGAAGCUGUAA